CUCGAAAUCAAUGUCUACGCCCUCUUUGACGUCAUCCGACUCUCGGCGCCAAUCAUCGCGCAGAACGCUCUCCGACCGGACGGCACGCGCGGACUCGUCGUCAACACGACGUCCAUUCUGGCGACAGACGGUCACGAGGGACAGACGGGAUUCGCGGCCACGCAGGCGGCUAUCGCUUCGAUGACGCUUCCGCUGGCGCGCGACUUGUCCUCCGAAGCGAUUCGCGUCAACUCAAUAGCCGUCGGCUUCUUCGCCACUCCUCUCGUGCUGCGCUCCGACUCUCCGGAACUCUUGGACUUCAUCCGAAUGACGACUCCGUGUCCGUCGCGUUUAGGAGAUCCCGAAGAGUUCGCCGCUUUGGUCGACGCCCUCAUCGCCAACCCUAUGAUCAACGGCGAGACGAUUCGCAUCGACGGCGCCAAUCGAUGGCCAGAACGCGGAUGA